GCCCAACUCCGCCCCUAACAAGAGGGAAACAAGCGAGCGUGCGCGCCUCCCGGGUCUCCUGGGAAGAGUAGUUCUCCUGGGCCUAAUCCCGCAUGCUUCUGGGAGAUGUAGUUUCUGGUCUGUAGGCAGGGCGGAAGGAGCGGGGGAGGCCCCUUACGCAAACUACAAUUCCCGGCGGGGAGCGCGAUGAAGGGGGGCGGGAUCUGAACAUGGCGGCGGUGGUAGCUGCUACGGCGCUGAAGGGCCGGGGGGCGAGAAAUGCCCGCGUCCUCCGGGGGAUCCUCUCGGGAGCCACAGCUAACAAGGCCUCUCAGAACAGGACCAGAGCUCUGCAAAGCCACAGCUCCCAAGAAGGCAAGGAGGAACCUGAGCCCCUAUCUCCUGAGCUGGAGUACAUUCCUAGAAAGAGGGGGCGGAACCCCAUGAAAGCUGUGGGACUAGCCUGGUACAGCCUGUACACCCGCACCUGGCUCGGGUACCUCUUCUACCGGCAGCAGCUGCGCAGGGCUCGGAAUCGCUACCCCAAAGGCCACUCCAAAACCCAGGCUCGCCUCUUCAACGGAGUGAAGGUGCUUCCCAUCCCCGUCCUCUCGGACAACUACAGCUACCUCGUCAUCGACACCCAGGCCCGGCUGGCUGUGGCUGUGGACCCUUCAGACCCCCGGGCUGUGCAGGCUUCCAUCGAGAAGGAGGGGGUCACCUUGGUUGCCAUUCUCUGCACCCACAAGCACUGGGACCACAGCGGAGGGAACCGUGACCUCAGCCGGUGGCACCAGGACUGUCGGGUGUAUGGGAGCCCUCAGGAUGGCAUCCCCUACCUCACCCACCCCCUGUGUCACCAGGACGUGGUUAGCGUGGGACGACUCCAGAUCCGCGCCCUGGCCACCCCAGGCCACACGCAAGGCCAUCUGGUCUACCUGUUGGAUGGGGAGCUCUACAAGGGUCCCUCUUGCCUGUUCUCAGGGGACCUGCUCUUCCUUUCAGGCUGCGGACGGACCUUUGAGGGCACUGCUGAGACCAUGCUGAGCUCGCUGGACACUGUGCUGGGGCUGGGGGAUGACACCCUGCUGUGGCCUGGUCACGAGUAUGCGGAGGAGAACUUGGGCUUUGCGGGUGUGGUGGAGCCCGAGAACCUGGCCCGGGAGAGGAAGAUGCAGUGGGUACAGAGGCAGCGGAUGGAACGCAAGAGCACGUGCCCGUCCACCCUGGGAGAGGAGCGUGCCUACAACCCGUUCCUGCGGACCCACUGCCUGGCGCUGCAGGAGGCUCUGGGGCCAGGGCCAGGCCCCACUGGGGAUGAUGGCUGCUCCCGGGCCCAGCUCUUGGAGGAGCUCCGAAGGCUCAAGGACACACACAAGAGCAAGUGAAGCCCACAGCCCAGCCCAGCCCAGCCCACCCCCAUGGUGGGGAGGCCGCCACCGCCCACACCUCACGUCCUUCUCAUUUCCUCCAUCCGCGCCCACUUGGCAUCAUGCAUCCAACCUGGUCAGGGGGAGGCGUAGGACCAGGCAAUGAAACCAAGAGGAAGGGGGUCAAAGGCAGACCCCACAGAGUGAAGCUGUGUCAUCAAAGGUGAAGGGGAAGGAUGGCCUAGGACAUCCCAGGGUCCCCUCCUCCCUUCCCCUACUUCUGGGACAGCAGCACAAAUCUGGAGGCUGCUGCGAGCUCCCGCCCAGGAGGCCACACUCUCAUGGUAACCCUGGCACUCAGGGCAGCAGGAGCCCUGCCAGGAAGUUCAUUUUCCACCUUCCCCAUCCACAGCUGGGGCCUCCAGUGUGGUGCCUUGGGAAAGCAGUCACCGGCAGGGCAGCCUGACAGGUGACUAGGACUCUGCCCCUCCCCCUCAAACCUCCAGGCCCACCCCGCCCUGCUCAGGCAUUUUCGGACAGAGCCAUUCCCAGAACCCCAAAGGGCUGGAGGCCUGGCUCUGGCUAACCUCUGCCUCACUGGCUCCCCUGCAGCCUAGAAGGGGGCGUGUCCUGGUUGCCAAGGAAACCUCUGCCUCCUGCUAAGACCCAGACACUGGGAUCUAGCCCCUGGCAGCCUCAAAGGGACCUGCUCACCCUACACACUGGACCUGAGCCUGCCCCCAGCCUCUGCCCCUGCCCUGGGUCACACAGGCCUCCUUCCCAGGGGAUCAUUCUGGCCUCUGCUCCUAGAGUUUCUGCCUGCCUCCCACCUUACUUGAUUCCUCUUGUUUUGUCCUCAGCCUCUUUGCUCCUUGAGUUAGUGAUUUAUUUUUUAGUCCUGACAUUCACCUGCCCUCUGCAGUUUGCCAAGAGCUCUCCAUCCUGUGUGACUGCCUAUCAUAUCUGUGGCCAGCCCUGGAUGAAAGGAGGAGACUCAGGGCAGCAGACCCUGGACCCUUCUCCUCUGCUCUGUCCUCCAGCUCUGCUGCUCUGGUCUCGGGUCCAGGUCUCUUUGGGGCCUGCAGUGAAGAAUCCUCGGCCCUCAGGCAGGCACACAGGGGUCAGCUGGAGCCUCUCUUCCUGUGUCAAAGCCUUCCGAGAUGCCCUGGCCUCAGUUUCCCCUGUCAUCUGGCCUCUCCAGCUCCACCCCCAGAGCCCACUCUAGCAAUACCACCAGACUAGUUAGCCUUCCCACCCCCGAGACAUGCAGACUCUCGCCUCUGUGCCUUUGCUCCGCUGCUCCUCAGGCCGGAAUGCCUUCCCCGCUCCUCUACCUGGUCUGCCUGGUAAGCGUGCAACCCGCCCGUUCAUCUCUCCCAGGCCCCUCCCUAGGAAGGUGCCCCCACCUCUCCUCUCCAGGCUACCUCUGCACUUUGUAAAUGCUUCUCUCUCAUGGCACUUAUCACACAUAUUUUACUUGUUUACAUGUGUGUCUCCCCUUCUAGACUGUGAAUCCUUAAGGGCAUGGACUGUAUCUUACGCAUCUCUGUAUUUCUGCGCCUAGCACGGUGCCUGGCACAUAGUAGGCGCUCAAUAAAUGUUGAAUGAAUGAAUGAUUUAA